GGUGUGUUUUCACAAACCUUUCACCAUGGGAGAUUACAACCGCAUCGUGAAGUGAGAACACCAGGAUACGACGAGCACACGGUCACCAUGAUGCAGCUGUGGGCUCUUCUCACUGUCGCCUACCUGUCCGUCAACCUGGAAGCCAAUCAGCACUGCAGGAAAGCUUUGUAUCCGUCAGCUUAUAGGAUCAAGCGUGAGACGUAUUCACUGAUCAACCCCACGUUCCAGCACUCCGUAGAGGAUCUCAACCUGCUUUUUGAGAUCCUGCUUGCUGGAAUGCAGAUAGAAGGUGGGAAUCAGGCCAUGAUGAUCCCAGAUGAGGAACUAGCCUCCCUGAGGAGCACGGAGAAGUUGGAGGUCAUCUGUGAUGACGUUCUCCCCAAGAAGCUCUCCGACAUUCGCCGUCUGAUGGCACAGCUCACCCAGCGGCCACGGCGGCCUCUGAGCAGGCAGGACUUUGAGAGGACAGUUCUGACCCUCGUCUAUGUGGCUCAGACGCUGACUCGCUUCACCAACCAGCGGCAGAGAGAAGCCUGGACAGAAGCUCUGGUUCAGUUAUUCAGAGCUGUAAAAAAGGACCUGGAGUUCUCUUGAGGAAGAUCCAUGACAGAUUUCUGCUUAUUCUGGAAGA